UACAGGGAAAUGCUGGGUGUCUGACUCCUCCUACAUGUCGGAGGGAGAGGACCGGCUCACGUAUAUAAAUACCAACUUCAAAACAGCAAAAGUAUCUGUGUUUUUCCAGGACAUCCCUCCAGACCUUGAACCAGCCUCCACAACCACAGCCACCAUGGCAGAUGCAAGCUUUCAGAAGGAGUUCCUGGUAACCCACAACAGCUACAGGUCAAUGCACAACACGCCACCGAUGACCCUUAGCAAGGAGCUGACUGCUGCAGCUCAGAAAUGGGCCGAUCACCUGCUGCAAAUCAACGCCCUGCAGCACAGUGACGGUCAGGACGGGGAGAACAUCUACUUCAUGAGCAGCACAGCAAAGAUUAAACUGACAGGGAAAGAAGCUGUAGAUUCUUGGUACAAUGAGAUCAAGGAUUACAACUGGAGCAACCCUGGAUUCAGCAGCAAUACUGGCCAUUUUACUCAGGUGGUGUGGAAAGACAGCACUGAACUGGGCGUGGGUCUGGCCACCGACGGCAAAAGGGUCUUUGUGGUUGGGCAGUACCGGCAAAGAGGCAAUGUAUCGAGAUACUUCGAGAAAAACGUCCUCCCACUAGCGUAAAGGCUGUGCAUCUUACAGCUGGAGGAGAGUUGGAUGGAGCAGAAAACACCUCCAGAGACGAAGGUGGAGUGAACCCAAGGACAACUUGCACACUGCUGUAGAUGACUACGACCAUCCCCCUGCAUCCCCAACGCACUGUUGCUAAAUGUUCCAUGUUGAAAUUAAGAAAAAUACAAAUUAAACAUGAUUCAUAAUGCUUUUAAUUGUAUUGAGGUUCAAUAUUAAUGUGGAAUUGGCUUUUUAAAUGUAUAUAUACAGAGUGUUACAAAGUAUGUCAGAAAAUCUCAUAAAAUAAAUGCAAAUGCAAUCAGCGCUGAGCAAUAAACACAUUAAUAUGCA